AAGCAGAUUCAUUGGGGCAAAAAGGGCAACAAUGGACAUUAAAAUUUUCUAGGGUUUAGUAGUUGAUGGGAUUAACCGCUAUAUAUGUGCAGCCAGGGUUUGAGGCUUCCUCACUUCACUGUAACGCCCGAGUUAUCUAAACCCUAACUCAAAAUGCCCAAGCAAAUUCACGAGAUUAAGGAUUUCCUUCUCACUGCGAGAAGGAAAGAUGCACGCUCUGUGAAGAUCAAGAGGAGCAAGGAUGUAGUCAAGUUCAAGGUCCGCUGCUCCAAGUACCUCUACACCCUUUGUGUAUUUGACUCUGAGAAGGCUGACAAGUUGAAGCAGUCUCUUCCUCCAGGUUUGAGCGUGCAAGAUCUGUGAACGAUGAUAGUUGUCGAUUAGUUUUUAGGAGAUGAAAAAGAAUUUCAGCUUUGUCAAAUUCAAUUUUUAUGAUUGAAAUACUUGUGGAUUUUGGCUUGCUAUUGGAUUAUUUCAUGGUGGAUGCUUGUUUGUUAAUGGAAUAUAAAACUUGCAUUGUUCUGUUA